AUGCACUUUAGACGUGCAUUCCUCUCGCCCGCUCUCACCGACAUCUUGCUCGUGUCACCGGCCCAACAAGGGCGGCAGGCGGCGUGCUCCUCGUCGUCCUGCAUGCAUCACGGACGCGUAACGUCAUUCACCAGCAGUAGUUCGGUAAAAUUUCGCCGUCGUGGCGUUCUGCUCGUCACUCUUUUACCAGCAGCACAGGGCUCUCCAUUUCUCGUUUCAUCGCUUUGGAAUGCUCGUCGAUUCGCCGCUUGUGGACGCACACCGACGUUUACGGAAUUGUCAGAGGCUUUCUCUAUU